AUGGAGACAGAUGAAGAAAUUCUAGCGAGACUUAACCACGAGGAGGCGAAGCAGUACGUGGGUGGAGUAGUAUUCGUGGCGCUGCUCAUGACGGCGGGGAUAUUCGGCAACCUGCAUGUGCUGUAUGUGUACGUGUUCCGCAUGCAGUCCUCCAACUAUCGAGUGUUCGUCCUAAGCUUAGCGACACUCGACUUCAUUACGUGCGUGGUGGGAAUGCCGUUCAUCCUCGUGGACCUCCGCAAUCCGCUCACAUUCACCCUGGUGGCCGCAUGCAAGAUCCUCCGCUUCGUCAACUACUUUAUCUGCUUGGCUUCCGCCUUCCUGCUGAUCGUCAUCGCCGUUGAUAGAUACCGGAAGAUUUGUGUUCCUUUUGGCAAACAGAUGUCCCGAAUGGUUGCGAAAGUAUCGUGCCUUGUGGUUAUCGGCUUCUCCCUACUGCUAUCCUGGCCCGCCCCCGUGCUGUAUGGGCAGGACAUCGUUAUGACGUCACACGAGAACAUCACGGGCACGCGCUGUUAUGAAGAGAACAAAUAUCGGGGAACACAAUACAUGGCGUACUUUAACGAGCUUCUUAUACUCGUGUUUUUCGUGGCGUUCGUCGUUCUCGUGGUUCUUUACUCGCUGAGUUGGAGGGUCAUACGGAAACAAAGCUUGAAACGCGCGGAACGUGAAGGCCAUAGGAAGACAGCAACGAAAAUGUCGAACGUGACGUCAUCAGUGGACCACCCCGCCGCUCAAUCGGUAGACAGUGACGACGCAACAAAUAAACAGUGCGACAAAAAUGUCAAGAACGAACAACCUACUAUCAGCCAGUCUGAAUUGUCGCGGCGUGGAGACGCCGAAAAAAACAACCAUGAUCACGCCAAACGGACGACAGUGAUAUUCGCUUUAAUCACAGCAGUCUUCGUAUUGAGCUACUUCCCACAACUGUCGUUGAAGAUCAUCACUUUCCUGAAUCCAAACUUCGUGCCCAACAUGAGUUUCACUGGCCGUGUGCUCUACAACACUUUCAUCUGGUGUUUCUUCAUCAACAACAUGGCUAAUGCUUACAUUAACGGUUUCCUGGACCGGCGAUUCAGAGCGGAAAUAAGACUCCUUUACGGACACCUAAUGUUUUGUAGGCGGACAUAG